UAACAAUCCUCUUCCUUUUGUCUAAAAAAAAAAAUCAUUUGUCUUGUUACGCAAGUGUGUUCCUCUAAUGGCGAAAGAGAAAACAGAAUCUCCGACGGUGAAGAAGACUUCUAUGGCGUCAAAAGAGAAGCCAAAGAAGCUUAAAAAACCCAAAACCACCACCACCCAUCCUCCAUAUUUUCAGAUGAUAAAAGAGGCUUUGAUGAAUUUAAAAGAGAAGAACGGGUCAAGCCCUUACGCAAUAGCAAAGCAGAUAGAGGAGAAAUACAAACCUGUACUCCCCGAGAAUUUCCGUAAAACACUUUCUCUGCAGCUUAAAAACUCUGUCGCUAAAGGUAAGCUCGUGAAGAUCAGAGCCUCAUACAAGCUCUCAGAGACCACCACCAGGACAACAAGGCAGCAACAGCAGAAGAAGAAGAUGGAGACUCGGUCGAAGAAGACUGUGAACAAGCCAGAAAUGGUGACGAAGAAGAAGAGGAAAGCAAAGAAGCCAAGACAGGUUAAGUCGAUCAAGUCACCAGGUUCUAAGAAGGUCUUGAGAGCUUCCGCCUCUUGAUCAACAAGAAAGACGAAGAGGAGGAGGGUUUUUGAAUAUGGAGAAUAAGGGUUACCUCUCUGUAAAAUAGUUGACUCUGUGUUUUGGUAUGGUGUGUCUCCUUCUUUAGGGCUUAUAAGGGUAAAGAGUCUUGGUAUGUAUGAUAACUUCGUACUUUUCAAUAUAAUAUAUGCAAUAAUUCCAC